AUGAAAAAUAUUAGUAAAGUUCAAAGUUUGGAAUAACUUAAGAAAAACAGUGUUAAGUCUUCCUCUCUUUAAAAACGAUUUUCUUAACGAGAAAGAGGGUGGAACAAUAGGAUAAUUGCAUGUGAAUAAAUUUUAGGAGUUGUACAGAGGGACAAUUCAAAUAAAAAGUUUUUGCCGUCAAUAAAUGGUGGAACAGCCUCAAUUGUCUAGAAAUAUAUUCAAAUGCACAAGAAUCAAUAAGAUCUAGAAAACCUUAUUGAGUGUGAACAAAAAAUAUUCACUACCAAAUUGGAAUAAGUGAGACAAGUUCACAAAUUGUAUAAUGUUCCGAAAAUACAUUAAAAUGUAUUUAACUAAGUAUUGGCAUCCUCAGAUGAUAAAUUAGCAAUAUUGGAGGAGGAACUAAAAUUGAUGGAUCAAAAGCUAUCCCCAAUAUUACAUUGCAUGUUCACCAUAACAGCUAGGGAGAAUUGUUUAACUUAGAUUUAGACUCUAUUGAAGCAACCUUCUUUUAAGGAUUAAGAAAAAUUAAAAGAACUCAUUAAUGAUUUCAGAAUAUUAUCACUCAACACACUUGAAAGUAUUGUGAAAUGGCACUAAUACAUUGAACAUAAAAAUCUGAAUGUCCCAUUCUGUUUGGAUGACAAUACUGUAUACUCUUAGAAGUUCUAUUCAGAUUACGAAAUGUUGAGACCCCUAUUAAUUAAAUUCUUUGACGUUUCAGAGAAACAAUCAGCAUAAAUUGAAUGCAAGAGUGAGAAGAGCAGAAGUUGA